AUGGAAUCAUCUUCUGCUUUCUUCACUCUCCUUUUGCUUCUUCUGUUUGCAACCAUUACAGCUGCAAGACCAAAUCCUGGAGAAAAUUGGCAAGGUACCAUGAAAGAUAAGCUCAUGCCUGAAGCAAUUGUCGUCGAGGGUUCAAAGUCGUCUCUCUCAAACAAAGAAACGGACUGUCACACAUCGACAGAUGUAAGAACCAACGAUCAUUGGUUCCAACGAUAA